AGUAUAAUUGCCAUUGGUUUGGUACAAGGGUUGAUAACUUCAGAGUUUAACAAGACAUAGAAAGAAGCUUCACAUGAAAUACAAACUAGAAUUGGAUUAAAUGUGCAGAGCGGAUGGUCCUCACUUGGACACAAACAGUCACCAGCUAAGGAUCUAACACAAAUACCCCAAAGGGGAACCUUUUACUCAGGCAAAUUGGCCCUCUCUGUGUGUAGCUUUCACCAGUCACCAAGCUGCCCUGACAAAUUGGAGUUACAUCGUGCAUGGUACUCCUUGCUUGAAUGAGUACAUGUCUGUGACACGUGAAUGAGCAUUGAUUACAAUAAACACAAACAGUUGUAUUUGAUCCGACUCUUUCAAGUUGAAUUAUUGAGAAGGAGAACUUGUGUCGCUGACUACUUUGGGAGGGGAAACAGUUGGAAAUAACAAACAUGACUUCACACGAAACCUCACACUUGUUCUGCCAAAUCUUCAUGGUCCUUCUGGCUACAUGGCUAUGCAUAGCGCCCUCAACAGCCAAGCCAGCAGGCAGGCGGAGGAGUCAAGACAUUGAGAACCAGAUCCAAUCGGAUACAGGGAGUCUGGUGUAUCAGCUGAUGGAGAAGAUGCAGGGAUUAACAGAUGAGGUCAAGGAGUUGAAAGAGAGACAAGAGAAGCUGAUGACGAGGGAGUACGGACCUUCAGCGAUAUCAGACAGGCAUGUCACAAAGAUCGAUGGGGCAGCUCCUCUGGACUGUCAAGAGGCCAAAUCACGGACACCAUCAGCAAAGAGUGGACUCUACUACAUCAAACCAAGGGGUAUCUUUGAGCUCAUCCCAGUCUACUGUGACAUGACGACAGAAGGUGGUGGAUGGACACUGCUGCAACGUCGCAAGGAUGGCUCUGUCGAUUUCAACCAAAACUGGCAUGUCUAUUCUCGAGGGUUCGGCAGCCUCACCGGUGAAUUCUGGUUGGGGAAUGAGUUUAUGCACCUGCUGACAGAGCAGUACAACUACAAACUCCGAGUGGAACUUACCGGCUGGGAGGGUCAGCAGCUAUAUGCUGAGUACUCAGACUUCAAAAUCGAAGGCAAACGGGCCGACUUCAGGCUGCGAUUGGGAGAUUUCCUUGGCGGCAAUGCAACCGAUGCACUCAGCUACCACAACGGAAAGAGCUUCACGACCAUAGACAAGGAUAAUGAUGACAGUAGCAGUAUUAACUGUGCCGUGGUUCACAAUGGAGGAUGGUGGUUCAAGAGCUGCGACAGGGCGAACCUUAAUGGCCUCUACUACCAAGUCUCUCAGUACAUGUACCAAGGAGACUGGGAUGAUGGUAUUGAGUGGAAGGAGACCGAUGGAUUAUUGCCGUUUUACUCGUAUAAAGCAACAGAAAUGAAAAUCAGGCGGAUGGAAUAAAAUAUGCAAUAACCUCCAAUUUUAUCUAACAGAAGAAGAAAAAAAGACCUUGCAUAAACUUGGCUGCAAAAUUUGGCAAAAACCAAAAUUGUGGUUAUGAGAGAAAAGUGUUGAAAUUGUGUGGAUUGUUUAUCCACAGGGUGUCAGAAAAGUAGGGUGAGUGCCUCUUGUCACUGUCAUGCCCAGUGGCCUUUUAUGGACAGUGUGUCCCUUGUGACCUUUGUGGCAGUUGUACACCCUUUUGUCAUGUUUCAACUUUGAGAGGGCAAGGCCAUUUUCAUUUUCUAGGCUUGGUAUGGUGUUAUGGUUCAUAGAACUUAGGGCAGGAUAUCACUAUCAGUGGUGUGAUAUAUUUGUACUAUUUGCCCAAAGAAAUUCUAACAAGGACCAAGCCCUGUUUAAUCACUUGGCAAUAAAAGUGUUUCCAGAAACGAAAACAUUUUCAUAGAGAGUAGUUCUACUUUCUUCGCCUCUGCAUUACUUUGUAAAGCCCAUAAUUUAGCUGAAAAGGCCAAUGCUUCUACAUGAUUUCUGACAAAUUUGAACGGCCAUCUUUCCGAUUGUAACUGAAUAAGAAUUAAAAGAUACAACCGGCAUGUCAAAUUUGAAAAAGGGACUUGCUCUUCCUUAUAUUUUUGCUUACAUUUAAAAUGUUACAAUUGUUUUCCCUCGCCUUAGAUUCUGUCAAUUACUUAACGGCGGAUAAUUAUCUUUUGCUGAGGUCUAUUUAUAUAUUAUAAUUUUGCUUUUUAGAUCUUUUUUAGAUCCAGCUAAAAAAAAAAAGCGAUUGAUUUCACUCUGGCAUACUAUUGAUGUUGAUUAUAAUGCCAGUUUCAGAUGUCCUUUUCUAUGAAAAUGUUUAACUAAUUCAAACUAUUUUCAUGAUUUUAGUUUAAAUGUUCAGGGAGACAAUUGUACAAAAUAUUGAACAAUAAUAACAAACUCCUUUCGUUCCAGAAAUCUGUUGUAGAGUAAUAUUUAAAAACAAAUUGCAAGCUGUAACCAUCACUAUUUUAUUUGCAUGAUCGUAUUAUUAACUAAAACACAUCUGUUUUAUAUAAGACAUAACAUUUCAAUAAUGUUUAUUUCAUUGUACCCUUUAUUCUGUAAAUAUUCCCACAAUAUAUUGCUGUAAAUAGUGCAUCUUUUUCAUACAACAUUUAAUCACUGUAUCAGCUGUGCUGACAAAGUAACCUAAUUAGAUUAUUCUAAUGAGUAGAUGUAGAUUUAGGUCACAGUUACAUCAUGUAUGCAAAUCACCUUAUGAAUAUUUAUUAUUGUACCCCUUGGUAGAUGUGAUAGUUGUGCUGUCUAAUUGGGACAAUUCGUCCAGUACAAGACCUUGUUGAACAUUUGAAUAUCCUACCCUAAAGUUAAAUUUUCUCCUAACCUGGAACACAUUGCAAACAAGAAAGCAUCAUGAAAAAGUGGCUUGCAUUAUCCUUAGAUAACUACAAGACUACUGGUAAUACAAAAACAAAUUGCUUAGCACAGACACAGGAGCAUUCUUUAUAGCAGACAAAAUACCAUGUGAUUGUUCCUCACUUGUUCCCUGCUUAAUUUUGAUAAGCAGAAAGACAUUCUACUUCUGCUGCUGAAGCUUUAAUAACGUGGUUAUGAUUCUUGUUUACCUAAAAACUGCGAGGUGUAUUUUUCUUGUCCCAACCAAGCGUUGAAAUAAAAGCAGUCUUAGUAAAUACCAGUAAAAUCAUACAAAUAACUGUAAAUUAUUUUAGUGAUAAGUCGCUUUCAUUGUGAAAAGUUUUAAAAGUAAAUACCAGUAAAAUCAUACAAAUAACUGUAAAUGAAUGUAGUGAUAAGUAGCUUUCAUCAUGAAUAGUUUUAAAAAUGAAAGUGUUUAUAAGUGGUCAGUCUUGUGAAUAAAAAGUGUUAUAUUCUACAUGAAA